GUGUUUGAAACUUUUCUGAAGGCUAUGGGAGGAAAGCACCCUAUAUCAAUUUUCACUGAUCAAGAUGCAGCUAUUGCUGCUGGAAUAGAACAGGUUUUUCCUUCUUCAAGACACAGGUUAUGCUUGUGGCACUUGAGUAAAAAUGCAAACAGUAGGUUUGGUUUAUUGAAGUCUGAUAAAAAUUUCAAAAACGCAUUCUACAAGUGUUUAAGUGGGUGUAUAACACCAAAUGAUUUUGAAGAAACUUGGAAAUCUAUGAUCAACACUUUUAAGCUGGAAAAAGAUGACUGGUUCAACAGAUUGUAUGGUCUUAAAGAAAAAUGGUGUACAGCUUUAAGUAAAGAUUUUUUUCUGCCGGUAUACUUUCUUCACAAAGGAGUGAAAGUACAAACCAUGAUGUUGGAUUUAAAGCAAAUAAAAGUACAACAUUAACAGAGUUCUAUAGUAUUUUUCAAGCUACAAUAAAUCGAUGGAGAAAAACCGAAGAAAAAGACGACUUUGACUGUACAAGGGGAAUACCUACUUCAGAGCUAAGUAUGAGUGCUAUAUUAAAACAGGCAGCAAAUGUAUACACGAUAACACUUUUCCGUGAUUUUGAAGAAGAGUUCAAGCUUUCUGUGGCAAGUAGUACAAUGUUCAAGGGAAGUGUUGGAAGAACAGUGUUUUUUGAAGUGUGGAUAGAAGGAAUAACAGGUAAAAAAACUAUAAAUCUUUAUUUAAUAUUUGGAGUAGAUGUUCUUUUGAAUAAUAUUAUAUUAUAUGUAAAUAAUCUAACAGGAUCAAGGCAAGAAGUUCAAUACAAAAUGGAAGAUUCAACCAUCACUUGCACAUGCAAAACUUUGAAGAAUCUGGAUGGUUGUGCUUCCAUUGUUUGAGAAUAUUGCAUUUACAUUCAAUCAAUACAAUUCCAGAUCGUUACAUAACAACAAGAUGGACUAGAUAUGCAAAGAAACAGAUAUGGGAAAGGGUUGAUACAAUAAAAAGGGAGAAAGGUGAAAUCAACAAUUUUACUGGUUGGAGAUUACAUAUGAU